CCACCCCAUCUCCCUCACGUGCGCGCGAGCGUCGCGCUCCAGGCCUUCCUCUUCCCCGUCUGGCAUCGCGAACCGCCGCACCCGAUUCGGCACGCCCACGCCCCACCCCCUUCACCGUGUCUCUCCGCGGCGGCGGGCGCGGUUCUCCGGCCAUCACCGGGCGCAUCCGGAAAAACUAUGAGGAGGUACAGCCCCCCUUAUCGUAGUCCCCCCAGGAGGGCAUAUGGUGGCAGAGGAAGAAGCCCCCCUCCUCCUAGGAGGGGGUAUGGAGGACGCAACAAAGAGGGUAGUGGAAGCCUUUUGGUCCGCAAUAUCCCAUUAAGCGUCAGAGCGGAGGAGCUUCGAGUUCCUUUUGAAAGGUUUGGCCCUGUCCGCGAUGUUUACAUUCCAAAGGACUAUUACUCUGGGGAGCCUCGAGGAUUUGCCUUUGUGGAGUUUGUUGACCCUUAUGAUGCCUCUGAAGCCCAGUAUCACAUGAAUCGCCAAGUUUUCUUUGGCCGGGAGAUAGCUGUUGUUCUUGCUGCUGAGUCGCGAAAGAGGCCAGAGGAAAUGCGCAGCAGAGCUAGAGUCAGAGGUUACUCUGGUCAUGAAGGUCGCCGAUCUUCAUAUUAUGGGCGGUCUCGGUCCCGUUCCCGCUCUCCUCGCUAUAGGGGCCGUCCUCGGUCAAGCAGAUCAUACUCUCCUGCUCCAAGGCGGCGAGAUGACUACUCAGCUUCUCCAAGGAGAAAGGAAGCGCAUCGCACAUCUCCUCCCAGGCGCCCGCCAAAGGAGCAUGACGAAGAUAAGAAGCGGAGGUCCUACUCUCCUGCCAGUAGAGAUGAUGCUGACAAUGGUUAUGAGAAGAGGUCGCCCCCAGCAGACAGUAAUGGGUCCCCUCCGCACCGCAGGUCCCCCAAGGAGGAGUACUCAGGCUCACCUCCCGGAUCCCGCUCCAGGUCCGCCGACGAAUCUCCUGUUCGCAGUGACUGACUGACCGGUGGAUGCUACAAAAAUGAUAUGCACAUGACCGUGUCUCUCCGGCACGAGUCAGUCCAAUGCCUUUGUCAGGCCGAGCUUACUAUUACCCCCUUUUGGGGGUGAUGUUGUAUUGCUAAAGUUUCAUUUGUGCUUAGUAUCGGCAUAUACUGCUAGUCUUUGCUAUGUACGUACGGUAUGCUUUUAAUCUUGAGUGAAGUUUGAGGAACCAGUGAUGGAUGCUGAUGAACAUUGUUACAUGUAGUAGCAUGUUACUUGCUUGCUGGGCCACGGCCCGUUCCUUGUUGCA